UCAGCACCUGUAUUGGACGAGACGCUUUUCAAGUAUACAGCAUCUCACUGGCUCGAAAACAGACCAAAGAGAGGAAAGAGGACUGAAGAACCGAGAAGAAAUGGCUCUGGAGCUCUUAAGACUCCCCAUCUCACGUUCUCCGAACUUGUUCCUGUUCUACAAAUCACACAGUCGACUAUUUCCCGGUUUUACAGUGACGUGGGUCWGUACCCAUAUGCGUACUGUAAUCAGAUCCUAUGCUGUUUCAAAGUCUGGAAGCAUACAACCACCUAAGAAGAAAAGGAGAUUGGAUGAGAUUUGUCUUGAAAGGUUUCAGCAAUACAGCCGAACCUUCAUACAAUCAUGGAUCUUGCAAGGCAAAGUGCUUGUGGAUGGUAAAGUGGUAAACAAAGCAGGAACACCUGUAUCUGAUAAAGCUAUUGUAGAGAUAAUGGCUGUAGUUCCAAAAUAUGUAUGUAGAGCGGGAUACAAGUUGGAGGCUGCCAUUGAACAGCUAGGUGUAGAUGUUGCUGGAAAAGUAGUUCUUGAUUCAGGGUUAUCCACUGGGGGAUUUACUGAUUGCUUACUUCAGAAUGGUGCUUCAUUUGUUUAUGGAGUUGAUGUGGGAUAUGGACAGGUGGCUGAUAAGAUACGUCGAGAUGAACGUGUCUGUGUUAUAGAAAGGACAAAUUUAAGAUACCUUUCUGGACUCCCACAAAAAGUCGAUUUGGUGACCCUUGACCUUUCCUUUAUCUCUAUACUCCUGGUAAUGCCUGCUGUCAUCAAUGUCAUGAAGGAUGAGGCAACAUUAGUUACACUUGUUAAACCUCAGUUUGAGGCCCGCAGAUCACAGGUUUGUAAUUCUGUUGUACUUGCUUCUCUUUUUCUUUUCAAUAUUUUUUCCAAAGUCAUAGAUGUAUUUUCCUUAUAUCUCCUCCCCCCACCCCCCUUUUAAGUCCUCCAGUGGGUUUUGUAAUGUAGCUUCAACGAUUUAGGAUGAUUUGAGGAAAGGUUAAUCCAAAGCACAGAAUACACAUCAAAACUAGUCCGUCAUAAAUGACUGCUAACUGAACCAAAACUAUUAUCAGGUGUACCUUGGUAAAGCCUGUGCACAAUCCAGUUUGUGCAACAAUCCAGUUGUACUUGUUAAGAUUAUGUCCUUUUAUUUAACUUGCAAAUCUUGAGACUCGCUAACUGAUCUUUGAUGAACUACACUGACUGCAGUCCCUUGACGGUUCGAGCUUGGGAUUUUCCCCAAUCCCCAGGUUACAUGCUAUUGUGCCCUACCUCAACAGAUGACUUAGCUAAGAUUUUACCACCUUUUCACAUGCAAACAUCCUCAUCAUUUUCCUUUUUAGUUCAUUGCAUUUGCAUAUCAUUAUGCUGUUGAAAUGCAAAUCUCUUUGAUGCUUGGGUGAUCACACUAACAAGAAGUGCAUGCUGAGACAAGUGUUACUAGAACAGGACAUAUUCGAGGGCAAAUUUUUGAAAUACGGAGGCA